AUGGCUAAGGAAGAACACCAUCCGCUCGUUGAGGGUCAGGAUGUUGAUUCAGACGAGUACGACGAUGGCCCAGAGUCGUCGCGGAGUCGGGCAGCAUGGUCUUCCAGACAGCAGACUCGCUCUGGGCCAUGGCUAUCGUCUCCGGUCUUCCGCAUGGUCGCCGUGGCCACAAUCCUCGUCCUCUUCAUCGUCGUGUCGGCGGUGAUUGGGCUGCAGUUCCUCUCCUUCUCCCAACAGCGACCUUUACCUCCAGCAGGCCCAGAGUGCGCGGCACGCACGUCCAUGUGGUCUCCGGUUCUACGCGAUAUCCCGAUGAAAUACGCUCCGGUAGACUUCAACGGUUCAUUCAUGCACGAGAAUAUCUACCGCCAAGUCGGGUCCCCAGAAGUGGACGCCGCGUGGGAGGCGCUCGGCGUUGACUAUCGAGCAGGUGCCAUUUCCUACGAGGAUGGGCUCGCCAGCGGCCUAGACGAAUCAUAUGCUCAGAGAUCGCCGCAAUACGGAGGCGGGUUCAUCGUCAACGUCGAGGGCAUGCAUCACCUCCACUGCCUGAACCUAGUCCGGAAAGCGCUGUACUUCAACUAUGAUCACUACAGGGAGCUGGGCCACCAUGCAUUCAAGAACGACGAGUACAUUUUGCGCCUGCAUGUCAAUACCAUCCGCCAGGUGCUGAUGUGCAACGUCGACACCGGCGUCCUCGGCCAGGUCUGGGUUGAUCCCGAGAAGCCCAACGCCUUCCCGGACUUCAACACCAGGCACAUGUGCAAGGAUUACGAUGCCGUUCGCCGCUGGGCCAAGGAUCUGCAGGCCCCUCCUUUGGAAGACGUGCCGGGGGAUUUCCUCGCUCCGCCCAUCUACGGUGGUGUCAUGCCCAACACACCUUAG